CCUCCCACCGACAUCCCAUCCCGACCUGGAUCUGUGCCGAAAACAGUGCCAGACAGCUUGACACCAUGGACUCUUACAAGCCUGAUGUUGUUCACGAUGAAGGUGCUGACUUUGUCAAGCCCACCGAUAUCAAUGACAUCCAUCACAUUCGAGUUCCCGUGACGGAAGAAGACAGCAAGCGCAUCGCCCGCAAAACCGACAAAACCAUACUCGUCAUCUUGAUUUGGGUGUAUUUUCUGCAGAUUCUUGACAAGUCCGUGCUCGGCUAUGGUGCAACUUAUGGGUUGGAAGAGGACACUCAUCUCACAGGAAACCAGUACUCGCUGGUCGGCUCCAUUGCCCCAAUCGCACAACUCGCAUGGCAGCCGUUCUCCUCCUGGCUGAUCGUGACGGUACCACCAAAGAUCCUGAUGCCCACCUUGGUGCUCGGAUGGGGCAUUGCGCAGACAUGCAUGGCCGCAUGCAGCAAUUUCGGGGGACUGAUGGCCACUCGGUUCUUUCUCGGCUUGUUUGAAGCGGGGUGUAUCCCACUCUUCAGUCUCCUGACGAGCCAGUGGUAUCGACGUGCCGAGCAACCGAUCCGCGUGGCAGCCUGGUAUGGCACGAACGGAGUAGCGACCAUCAUCGCUGCGGCACUAUCGUUCGGCCUGGGACAUAUCAAAUCAGGGGUGCUGAAAGAGUGGCAAAUCAUCUUCCUCGUCGUCGGACUCAUCACCAUCGUCUCCAGUCCAUUCGUCUACUGGAAACUCGACAACGACAUCCCAUCCGCGCGAUUCCUCACCGAAGAAGAAAAGCUCCAAGCCAUGGAACGUCUCCGAGCCAACCAAACCGGAGCAGGGAGUCGCGAAUUCAAAAUGGACCAGGUAUACGAGGCUGCUCUCGAGCCCAAGACCUACCUAUGGGCCAGCAUGGCCCUACUCCUCAACAUCGGCGCAUCCGUGUCCAACGUCUUCGGUCCAUUAAUCCUCAGUGGCCUGGGUUUCGACACCUACACCACUACCCUCCUGAACAUGCCCUUUGGCGCCGUCCAAGUCAUCGUCAUCCUCCUCUCCAGCUACCUCGCGCAGAAAGCCCGUAUCAAGGGCAUUGUCCUGGCUGUGCUGAUGCUCCCCGUGGUAGCGGGUCUGGCUAUCCUUUAUGCCGUCCCACGCGAUAGCUCCUCCACCGGUGCCCUCAUGGCAGGAUACUACCUCAUUGCGUUCAUCUUCGGAGGUAACCCACUAAUCAUUAGUUGGGUGGUGGCCAAUACGGCCGGGACGACGAAGAAAUCGGCCAAUAUGUCUCUGUACAAUGCGGCUGUUUCAGCCGGAAACAUCAUCGGACCGCUUCUAUUUAACGAGAAGGAUGCUCCUACUUACUUACCUGGACUGCGCGCGUGCGUAGGGAUCUUCGUGGCAUUGAUUGCCGUGUUUUUACUGCAGUGGUUGGAUCUCUGGAUACUGAAUAAGAUGCAGGAGAAGCGACGUGUGCGCAACGGCAAGCCAGCCAAGGUAGUGGACGUGUCGAUGCAGAGUAAUCGUCAAGUGGAGAUUGAAAAUACCCUCGAGGCGACGGGGGAGUCGCAUACCGGCGCCAGCGGGUUGAUGGAUUUGACGGAUGGGAAGAACGAUGAAUUUGUUUAUGUGUAUUAGCCUUUUGUGUUUGCUUUGUUAUUUACGAAUUGAAUGAG